AUGAACUCGUACGGCAACGGGGGCGGCGCGCUCACGCCCACGAGACUCGUGAUUAAAUUCAAGGACUUGAGGUCGUGGACGCUCGGCGGAGACGUCACGAGGCUGCUGCCGGCCUUGAACCGAUACGCGUACGUGGACACGCCGUUGAGUUUGUUCGCGUUCACGUCCAUUGGACCAACGCAGGAGGAUCUGCAGGCCCAUGGACUGUAUGAUGUGUACGAGGACUUUGCCAGGAUGGGGGUUGCCCUGAGAGACGGGAACAGUGCAUACAGAGUCACGGAGCUCAAUGUGGCGUUCGCAAUUUGUCCGACGUAUCCGCGCCAGCUUGUGGUGCCCGCUGCUGCCAGCGACUCGGAGGUCGGGGCGGUCGCUGCGUUCCGGUCGAAGGGGAGACUGCCGAUCUGUAGUUAUGUACACGCGCGCAAUGGCGCUGCGUUGUGGCGAUGCGCGCAGCCCAAGCGCGGCAUUCUGCACGCCCAGAACCCUGCGGAUGAGCAGUAUCUACUGCACAUUGCGCGUGCUUCGUCAGGUUCUACGUCGAUGUAUUCCGGAGCACCGACACGGAAGAUCUGGAUCGCUGACUGUCGCCCGGAGCUGAAUGCGCGCGUGAACAACCUCACGGGAGGAGGCACCGAGAGCGGGAAUCUAGCGCAUGCGCGGGUGACCUUCCUCAACAUCGGCAAUAUCCAUGCAAUGCGCGAGAGUAUUGAAGCAGUGCGUGGCCUUGGUGGGUUCAUGGCGAUAUCGAACAACACCGAGGCGAUGGAUCUGUCGUGGGGCUCUCGCGUUGAAGACACCAAGUGGCUUUCCCACGUUCGUCGCGUCAUGAGCGGAGCUCUGCAGGUUGCGCGCGCGCUCGAGGCCCAAGCCACUACGGUUGUCGUGCACUGCAGCGACGGCUGGGAUCGUACCGCUCAGCUUUGUGGGCUCGCGCAGUUGCUGGUGGACGCGCACUACCGAACGCGCCGAGGUUUCCUCGAGGUUAUCGAGAAGGAGUGGGUUCGCGCAGGCCACAAGUUCCAGGAUCGCGUGGCGCCAGGCAAAGCUGAGGACGAUGACGACCAACAAGCUCCGAUCUUCCUGCAGUUCUUGGACUGCGUGUGGCAGCUGAUCCGCAUCUUCCCCACUUGCUUCGAGUUCAAUGAGCGUAUGCUGGAGGCGAUGGCGGACGCAGUAUUCUCCGGGAGAUACGGAACUUUCCUAGGAAAUUGUGAACGCGAGCGCAGCGCCUGGAGUGUGCGUGAACGAACACCGUCGCUCUACGCAUACGUGCUUCAGGAAGACCGCUUCGUGAACCCGUUCUACCGUGCCAGCAGCACUUCGGCGCUCUUGCCCGAUUCCACGGCGGUGCUACGUCAAGUCACGCUUUGGACCUCUUACUACUUCCGAGGAGCUCCG